UCACUCUUGUUUGCGCGCGCGUGUGAUAAAUGAUGUGAACACAAUUUCACGCUGGGUGACAGUCAUUCCAAUGGCUCUUGUCGAUCACGGACGAUGAGAUUUCAUGAUCCCCCCUUUGCAUUACGGGAAUAUCGCUCCAGCGUCGACGCAGUCCAUGAUCCAACCGGAUUUCCCCCCCUCGUUUGACUGCUAAAGGAUAUUUUCGCAUGCCUACAGACUAAAGAGACAAGGAGAGCACGUUCAAUGCCGUUGGAACAUGUCACAUGUUCCCUAUCAAGAUGCGAGGUAUGCAGUCCCCCCCUCCUACAGACACCAGCCCUCCUUCGCAGCUGCUCCCUCCUACGAGCAACCCGACUGGAACCCUCGUCUGUGUGUGAUCUCUGGAAAUCAGCUCUACAUGUUGGACCAGGAGGAGAUUCACCCUUUGUUGAUGCGCGAGCAGCGCUCCGAGUCGCACAGGAACAAGCUGCUGCGACGGACGGUCAGCGUGCCUGUGGAGGGAAGGCACCAUCCUGAGAUGGACAACGCUCGGCUCCGGCGGAAAAGCAUCGCCACCGGGAAACAGCCAAGCAUGGAGAUCCCACCCACUGCCCCCCCUCAACCCUUUCGACAAUCCAGUUUCCUCAGUAGAAGACUGAAGGGGUCCAUUAAGCGGGCCAAGAGUCAGCCCAAACUGGACCGAACCAGUAGCUUCCGCCAAAUGAUCCUCCCUCGUUUCCGCAGCGCCGACCAGGACCGGACUCGUCUGAUGCAGAGCUUCAAGGAAUCACACUCCCAUGAGUCUUUGCUGUCUCCAAGCAGUGCGGCCGAGGCUUUGGAUUUAACACUUGAUGAAGAUGCCAUCAUCAAGCCUGUUCACUCCAGUAUACUGGGACAGGAAUACUGCUUUGAGGUGACAACUGCUUCAGGAACAAAGUGUUUUGCCUGUCGGUCAGCUGCAGAGCGAGACAAAUGGAUAGAGAAUCUACAGAGAGCUGUCAAACCAAAUAAAGACAACAGUCGUCGCGUCGACAAUGUUUUGAAGCUGUGGAUCAUCGAGGCCAGAGAACUCCCGCCCAAAAAGCGCUAUUAUUGUGAACUGUGCUUGGAUGACAUGCUGUACGCCCGUACCACCAGCAAACCCCGAACCGAUACUGUGUUCUGGGGUGAGCACUUUGAAUUCAACAACCUGCCAGCUGUCCGCAACCUCCGCCUUCAUCUUUAUAAAGAGACCGACAAGAAAAGACGCAAGGAGAAGAGCACAUAUUUAGGCUUGGUAAGUAUCCCCAUUUCCAGCAUCACCGGUCGCCAGUUUGUGGAGCAGUGGUACCCAGUCAUUCAGCCCAGCGUCCUGGCCAAGGGUGGGGGUGUGGGAGGGGGCAAAAUCAUCAACGCCUCCUUACGACUCAAGUCACGCUUUCAGACUAUGAGCAUUCUACCCAUGGAGCUUUAUAAAGAGUUUGCAGAGUAUGUAACCAACAACUACCGAACGCUGUGCGCGGUUCUGGAACCAUUACUGAGUGUCAAGAGUAAAGAGGAAGUGGCCUGUGCACUAGUACACAUCCUGCAGAGCACAGGGAAGGCCAAGGACUUUCUUUCCGAUAUGGCAAUGUGUGAGGUGGAUAGAUUCAAUGACCGAGAGCACCUUAUCUUCAGAGAGAACACAUUGGCCACCAAAGCCAUAGAAGAGUACCUCAAACUCAUUGGACACAAGUACCUCAAAGACGUUUUAGGUGAUUUUAUCCGAGCCCUGUAUGAAUCAGAGGAGAACUGUGAAGUUGACCCAAUGAGAACUCCACCUUCUGUACUGCCCGAACAUCAAGCCAACCUCCGGAUGUGCUGUGAGCUUGCACUCUGCAAAAUCGUCAAUUCUCAUUGUGCGUUUCCAAGAGAACUGAAAGAGGUGUUUGCGUCCUGGCGCGUUCGAUGCGCAGAGAGGGGACGAGAGGACAUUGCAGAUCGACUCAUCAGCGGUUCCCUCUUUCUGCGGUUCCUGUGUCCAGCUGUCAUGUCUCCAUCCUUAUUCAACCUGACGCAGGAAUAUCCAGAUGAACAGACUUCACGUACACUCACUCUCAUAGCCAAAGUGGUGCAGAACCUGGCAAACUUCUCAAAGUUUGGCAGUAAGGAGGAGUACAUGUGCUUCAUGAAUGAGUUUUUAGAGAUGGAGUGGGGCUCUAUGCAGCAAUUCCUGUACGAGAUCUCCAAUCUAGAUAGCGUGAGCAAUGCAGGAGCCUUUGAGGGUUACAUCGACUUGGGAAGGGAGCUCUCAAUCCUGCACAGUCUUCUAUGGGAAGUUAUGGCACAACUAAGUAAGGAUGCAAUCAUUAAACUCGGACCAUUGCCCCGCCUUCUCAAUGACAUUAGCAUGGCCCUUCGUAACCCUCAUCUCCAAAGACAGCCCAGUCACCAGACAGACAGACAGCCUCCAGAGAGACAGACAGACAGAUUGCUCUCCAGACCGAGCUUCAACAGGGGUGUCUCAUCGGAGUUCCAAAACCUUAUGAUGAGAGACCUGAACAGUUCAGUUGAGAUUACUCGCCUGCCUUCUCCAACCUCUGCGAUGUCCAGCGGUGGAGCUCCUCCAUCUCGGGCUGGAAUGGGGGGAUUUGCGGACCGGGAUCAUCCUCACCGAGCCUCAUCUAAAGACGUUUUCUAUGUUGCCCGCCCCCCACUGGCCCGGUCCAGUCCCGCAUACUGUACUAGCAGUUCUGACAUUACUGAUCCAGACCCAAAGGACUCCAGAAUGAACAGCGUCUCUAACCUGCAGUCUAUGGGGGACAUGCUCAACUCUUCCCAGGCCUCGAUUGCCGGCCUCGGCAGCUACGGUGGACUCGCAGGCUUGGGAGGAGGCCUCGGAGGUCAGCUGCGUGCCGGAGGACGCAUGUCGGCCGGAUCCGGGGGUUCCAGCAUGUCCGGUGGUCUGAGACUGAGCCAGAUGGGGACCACGACCGACUCACUGUCCCAGCAGCAACAGCAGCAGGCCGCCGCCCUUCGCUACCCCCUCUCCUUCCAGAACCCUCUGUUCCACCUCGCUGCAGAUGGGCCACAGCUUCACCACCAGCACAGUCGGGCACAGCCGCCUCCUCCACUCCUGCUCGCCCCGGAGCCGGACCCUUCGCACCCCACUUACAUCCCGCAGUUCGCCCACGGUGGGUUCUCUCGAAGUGAGGAUCUCUCCACCCUCAGACCAGGACCUCAUCUGGGUCAGCCGAGCAUCAUUCACUCCCACAGCUAUAGUGAUGACUACACCCGACAUAACCAGAGCGACUACGGGCGACGGCAAAUCCCAAUGCAUUUGCAGGAGCAGCAACAGAUGACAGGAAUGACAUCACAGACCGGCACAUCUCAUUCUUCCCUUGCCACGCCUCCUUCCACCGUUCAGCCUGUCCGUCAAACCUCCAUGGUUCCUCCCACACAGCGAAUGAAAUUACAACCCUCGCAUCAGCUGUCUGUGAGUUCUGCCGCUGGCGCCCCUACAGGCAAGACCAGACCGCAGAGCGGAAACCUGCUCCAGUCCCCUGAGUCUGGCUUUGGGGGCCGGCAGCAGGGCCCUCGACAGCAGCUGUCCGUCAAAGACAACACUCCCCCGGGUCUCCCCCAUCAGCAGAGCUCCACCAGGGAGAGCCAGGGGUCCCAGGGCUCUCAGGGCGGAACUCCACAGUCCACACAGCAAUCCAAAUCGCAUCAGGAACGCCAGCAGGUCCAGCAACAGCAUCUACUCAAGCCUACCAUGAGCAAACAGGGCUCUUCCCAGUCUCCAUCCACCCUCAACCCCCUGACCCCUGCCUCUGAGCGAACCGUCGCCUGGGUGUCCAACAUGCCCCAUCUGUCUGCUGACAUCGAGAGUUCCCGCAUCGACAGAGAAGAGUUCAAGCUGAAGGAGUAUUCAAAGAGCAUGGAUGAGUCACGCCUGGACAGGGUGCGUGAAUAUGAAGAGGAGAUUCAUUCCCUUAAGGAGCGUCUGAUGAUGUCACACCGAAAGCUGGAGGAGUAUGAGAGGAGGCUGUUAACUCAGGAGCAGCAGACCAAUAAAAUCCUGCUGCAGUAUCAGAGCCGACUGGAUGACAGUGAGAGGAGACUCAGACUGCAACAGAUGGAGAAAGACAACCAGAUUAAAGGAAUUAUUGACAGACUCAUGGCUGUGGAAGAUGAGCUGAGGGUAGGGGUGGUGCCUGAGAACAAACCCAGGAUAUUCGCAGACCAGGAAAAGCAGCUUCCCUCCUUGGAUUCAGCAAACACCAGUGUGAGUUUUGGAGGAGAAAUGACCAGCGCUUCUGGCUUUGGAGUCUCCAAAUCCUCUACCCAAUCUUCUCCCCAGAACGGAAUCUUGUCAUUCCAAUUAGCCCCCCCUCCUCGUUCUCCUCCUCUUCCACAAGUCUGCCAGAAUGGAGAGCUCCGUGGCAACCAAAAAUCAGCCCCAGUGACAGCCACUAUGGCAACUGGGAACACGGCAACAGCAUCAAGGGGAAUGGGCAAGACAGUAGGGGGGAGCAGGUCAAACCAUUGCUGACCAAAUCCAUGAAAAAUUUCUGUCUUUAGUAUUUUCUCAAAGAAAGUCACAUCCUUCAUUUCUCUCCACAGUGAAGCUUUUUUUUCUUUUUGUAUAUUAGACUAAGGACAAGUGGAAGGCUGGACACAUAAUUUCUUGCAACAUCCAAAUCAAAAGGGCUCUCCAUUGGAUCUGAUAAUAUUACAGUAUCGCAUUUUCUUUGGAUCAAAGUCAAAAGCCCCUCGCACAUACCUCUACCAACACAGGUCAUCCAAACCACUGGAAUCCAUGUUGAAAAGUCCUAACGUGGUCCACUUUCCAGGUUUUUGGAAUCUCCCUGAUAUUGUGUUCAUAUUCUAAGAAGCUGAAAAUGACCUUGGGAAUGGUGGGGACAAGCAACGAUGUUUUGACGUGUAAAAAGAUCUAAAUUUGACUCGCAAAAAGGCCAGCUUUGUCUUAGAGAUUUUGUCAUGUCGUCUGGCUUCCCUAGUGCCUUUUUGUAUAUCUCGACAGGGUUUUCAAAUGAACACAAGAAUAAGGAGAACAGAAUUACAGAAAUGUUUGUGUGAAUGCCGCUCUCUUCUUGAGAUUGAUCAUGUAAGAGGAGUUUGGUGUGUUCUUCUGCCUCAAUGUAACAAAAAUAUAUGGAAUUUUGAAAAUGCUUUGGAAUCCAAUGAUGGACAAUGUGGCAAGCGUUGUGAAAAGUGCUUGUGGUCUUCGCAUAGACUUGUGCAAUGUUUUCUCUUCUCAAUCUCAGAACUUUGUGUAUUUAACUGGUGCUACGGAAUCUCAAAGCAUUGCUCUAUGUCUCAUCAUCCAUGUCUCAUGUCCUUAUUUGUCUUUGACCUCCCAUUAAUCUCCUAACAGGCCCAUUUUGAAUUUUUUUUUUCAGUGUGUGCGCUUGUGAUUUCAGGUCAUCUCUGUCAGGAAUUUUGUCUUUUUACCAAAACAAGAUGCUAGGUGAGAAUGCGGUUACAUGUUUUCCUCAAAUGGGACUGUGAUCGCAUGCGAAAAGAGAUGAUAUUUAAAGCAAUUAAGCAGCACCUUGUAUGUGCACAGUUAUGCUUUUAUGCUGUAUAUGUUGGUCUUAAAAGAUAGUUUAAAGUCAAUUUGAAAUGCCACAACCAAUUUUACUUCUGUAAUGUGACAUAUUUCUGAGUGAAAAAAGAUAUUCAUCGGGGGAAAAAAAGGACAGGCUUGAAUUUAUCCAUCAGGAAUUGAUUGGAUAGUGAAAAGUGGGCAUUGCAUACCAGAAAGGAGGGAAUUGGUUGAAAAAGUAAAAGGGCAGCCAAAAAGUAAAGUUGUUUUAUAGGAGUAGCCCAUUAUGACAUUUUGAUAAAAGUUUACCCAGACCAAUAUUUUUUAUUUGGAAUAAAGUGACCAAGAACGUGCAUUACAAAAGUAAACAAGGUCAAUUUUGAUUUCAUGUUGACUUUAAAAGAUAUCAAAGUAGCUCACGCAUCUCCAAAGUAGCUAGUGGUGGCAUUAAAUGGUUAUUAAGGAAACAACUUGGUAUGUAAAAUAAUCAGAUCUUAUGUACUGUACAGAAAUAUGCUAGCUAUAAUUAAUUUUAGUAUCACUGCCAUCUGGUACUGAUUGUAUUCCUCAUCGAUCACAACUGUUUUUGUUGUAUUAUUUAUUUUGCUUAUGAUUAAUCAGUUCAUUGUCAUGUUUCUCUAGUCACAUGGCUUUGAUACAGCACAUUUCAAAUCAUUCAUAUUUAAUCUAAUUCAUUGCAUUGGUUUUGCUGAUGUAAAUAUUGGCCUUUUUGCUGAGUUGUAAACUACUUUACUACUGUAAUGUAACACAGCUACACCAAUACAACAGGCCGAGAUGAGAGCGUCCAUAUAUUGUGGAGAUUUAAAUAGUAACUGCACAAUAAAAAUACUACUGAGCUGUACUGUAACAUUUUUAAAAUUGCGAAGGCACGAGAGAAGAGAAUGGAGUGAUUGCCAUUUUAGCCUUUAAGAGCUUCGAGGGCUAUCUUUAAGUGACUUGUACUACAUUUAGUAAUAAAACAGGCAAUUUGUUUUUGUCCCAAAAAAGCUUGAGAAAAAUGGGAUAGCAGGGUUAUCAGCUGAUAAAAUGUGCCAUGACAUGAAUAUACCUCAGAUGUUGAAUCGAACGACUCAGGUAAACUAUCAAUUGCCUCACAGUUUAAACGAAACAAUAUUUUAAGUUGAACUGCCUGUUGGUAGUUAGUCCAUUUCUUCUUCGAGUUUAGUAGCAGCGAUUGGUUAGCGGCUCAUCAAGCAUCUCCCCUUUUCCAUUUUCUUUUGUAUCCCCUUUUAUCUCCAGCCAAUCACAAAGCUUCGUGGAGGACAAUCUGGAACCUAAUUGGAGGCCUCACCUAGGACAUUCUUCAGGUUGGCCAGGUUUUAAUUCAAGGGCACAUUCACGUGAUUUAGUUGGUUGACAGAGGGGAAAUUGAGGC